UAGGAACGCCUGACUGAAAACAACCUUGAACACCAUGAAAGCAUCCAGCGUGCCAUUUUCUACGUGCGAAAGAGAUUUUCUCCUCGAGGGAAUCAAAUCGAGAAAGCGCAUAGAUGGACGCGAAGCCUACGACUACCGGAAACUCAGAAUUUUAUUUGGUGUAGACAGAGGACAUUGCGAGGUUCAACUGGGUGAAACAAGGGUUUUAGCACAAGUGUCAUGUGAAGUUGUUCAACCAAAGCCAAAUAGACCCACAGAAGGCCAGCUAUUUGUCAAUGUGGAACUUUCACCAAUGGCAUCACCAGCCUUUGAGUCAGGAAGAAUGACGGAAUUUGGCACUGAACUUAACCGAUUUAUGGAGAGGUGUUAUGUAGAGUCACGAGCUAUUGAUGUAGAAUCUCUAUGCAUUGUUGCUGGUGAAAAGGUUUGGUCAAUAAGGGUUGAUGUGCAUGUAUUGGACAAUGGUGGUAACAUUGCUGAUUGCGCAAGUAUUGCUGCAAUUACAGCUUUGGCUCACUUUAGGCGGCCAGAUGUGUCUGUUAUCGGUGAAGAUGUCACAAUUCACUCUCCAGAGGACCGUGAUCCAGUCCCUCUCAGUAUUCUUCAUAUGCCUGUCUGUAUAACAUUUGGCUUUUUCAAUGAGGGGCAACGGUUGCUCGUAGAUCCAACAGAUAAAGAGGAAAUUGUAAUGGAUGGGAGAAUGAUCAUGGCAAUGAAUAUUCAUCGUGAAAUCUGUGGAGCAGUGAUGGGUGGUGGAGUUUCAUUAGAAUCUGAACAGAUCCUGAGAUGUUCCAAGAUUGCAUCAGUUAAGGUUACUGAAAUUGUUGCUCUUAUACAAGAGGCACUGGAGGAGGAUUCUAAACAAAGAGCUCUUGGGAAAACAGGAUUGAUAGAAUCAGAUACAACACCAUCCAUUAUUACUGUGACAUCAGCUGAUGAGUCUGAGGUGGACAUCAGUGAAGCUGUGGAAAAAGUAACAGAAAGACAAUAUGAUGAUAUGACAGCAAUGGAAGAAAAUCCAUGGGGAGCACAAUUGAAGGGACCGGGAACUGCUCAAAUUGGCGAAGGAGGAGACAAUUCUUGGAUCGUUUUAGAUGAAGAAGAUGGAGAAAUGGAAGAAAGUGAGGAGGUUGAAAUAACUGGAGAGGAAAGAAAUAGUGAGUCUCCGACACCAGAAUCACAGCAGAAGAAUGGCAGCAAAGUCGUUCACUCCAUCGUGGAUAAUGAUGACAGCGAGGAGGAAGACGUUAUAAUACUGACUGCCGAAAGAAGUGAUGUGAUUCAGAAGAGCUCUCAGCCAAUGCGUACCCAGGAAACCUUAGGUUUGAGUGGGGCGUUGAAAAGUGACAGCGGAAAGAACAGUAACAGCAAAAAGAAAAAGAGGAAGAAGAAAUCUGGAAACAGAACAUCGCAAACUUCUUAGUGAUUUUAUUUAUAAUCAGUAUUUGUAAAUAGCUAUUAGUCUUUUUCUAGGCAAUUAAAAAUCACACA